AUGCUAUACUUGGAGGGAAGCAGAAGCCAUCUUGUAUUGACCCGUUUAUUCCUCCUCAGGGUGAGGCCUGCCCAGAGCAAAGUGAAGAAGGACGCCAAGAAGGACCUGUUUGGGUUUGACGACCCCGACGUCCAGCAGGGAGCCGACCACAGCGACCAACCAGCGGGCAGCUCCAAUUACAAGAUUAAAUACUUUGGCUUCGACGACAUGAGCAACAGCGACAGCGAGCAUGAUGAGGACCCUGGCGAGCACGCCAUGCUCUCCAAGAGGAGGAAGAAGGCCAAGAGCGUCAUGGAGUUGGACAUGGUGGAGUCCCCGGUCUCCAUGGAAACACCCGUGGACAGCCCGCCCGACCCCUUUGACAGAUGGAGGGCCCUGGAGGAACUGGAGGCUAAGGAGAAGAAAACCACAGAGAUCCGGCGGCCAGACAGAAGUAUGGGAACAGACUCCCUGGCAGAGAGCCUCAGGGUGGCCCAGGCCCUGCUCUCCCCAAGGAGGCCAGCCAGCAGCAAGCAGGCUGACAAGAACCAGGAGAGCCACCGACGCAUCUUCAAGAAGUCUCCUACCAAGGCGGUCUACAACGCCAGACACUGGGCCGUGGACAGUGAAGAGGACGCCCCCCCAGUGGUGUCUUUGCCUCGAUCACAGACCAACACCGUGGUGGCCUCGGGCUCCACCAAGGACUCCAGCUCCCAGAAGGACGAUGGGCUCUUCAAAGCCCCCCCGCCGCCCCCCAGGGUCACAAAGUCCACCACCAUCCCCACAGAGCCCUACCAGGACAUGGUCACUGCACUCAAGUGUCGCAAGGAGCACAAAGAGCUGUUCACGGUGGUGCAGCACGUGAAGCACUUCAACGAUGUGGUGGAGUUUGGGGAGAACCAGGAGUUCACGGACGACUUUGAGUACCUGGCCACAGGUCUCAAGAGUGGACAGCCCUUGAACACACGCUGCCUUAGUGUCAUCAGCCUGGCCAUGCGCUGCGCCAUGCCCAGCUUCAGGAUGCACCUCAGGGCUCGGGGCAAGGUGGCCCAGGUCUUCAACACCCUCAACGACGCUCCACAGCAGCCGAACCUGGCUCUGUGCACGGCCUCCCUCAUGUACAUCCUGAGCAGGGACCGUCUCAACAUGGACCUGGACCGCUCCUGCCUGGACCUGAUGAUCCGCCUGCUGGAGCUAGACCUGGACCAGGGGGGCGGGGCUGCCACAGACUCCGCAUCCCAGCUCAGCGCCAGGGAGAUGGCCAAGGUGAAGGAGAAGAUCCGCAAGCUGUGCGACAUGGUGCACAACAAGCAUCUGGACCUGGAGAACAUCACCACGGGCCAUCUAGCCAUGGAGACUCUGCUGUCCCUCACUUCUAAGAGGGCAGGGGACUGGUUCAAAGAGGAGCUACGGCUUCUGGGUGGACUGGACCAUAUAGUGGACAAAGUGAAAGAGUGUGUGAACAACCUGAGUCAGGAGGAUGACAAGGAGCAGCUGGUGUCCUCUCUCUGGGGGGCUGAGCGCUGUCUUCGGGUGCUGGACAGUGUGACGGUGCAAAACCCAGAGAAUCAGGGCUAUCUGAUAGCCUACAAGGACUCAUCGCUCAUCAUUUCUUCUGCCAAGGCGCUGUGGAGCUGCGAGGCUAUGGUCCAGCGCUACAGCCGGCAGGUGAACCGGGCGCGCUGCUCUGACGGCACCUCGCUGCCCUUCUGCUCCAACAGCAACGUGGGCAAGGCAGUAGAGGACUGCAUGAGGGCCAUCAUCGGGGUGCUGGUCAACCUCACGCACGACAAUGAAUGGGGCAGCACUAAGACAGGGGAACAGCAGGAUCUGAUGAUCACUGCUCUGAACUGUGUCCUCAGAGUCCCUCAGUUCCUGCCUCAGGAAAAGAGGUUUGACAUCAGAGUCCUGGGUCUGGGCCUGCUGAUCAACCUGGUGGAGUACAGCGCCAGGAACAAGCACUGUCUGAUGGAGAUGGACGUGGAGGUGGAGGUCAGCCUGGGGCUUGCAGACCUCACCGUCCUGCCCAAAGCACAGCCCCCACAGCCCCCCGACACCAUGACCCUCUGCUCCAUCAACCCAAUCGCAGACCUCACCAUCCUGCCCAACCCACAGCCCCCCGACACCAAGACCCUUUGCUCCCUCAACGCAAUCGCCGCCCUAGUACAGCUGUUCCUCGAGCGAGAGCGCGCCGCCCUUUUGGCCGAGUCGCAGACUGAUGACCUCAUCAAGGAGCCCCCCAAGCCGGCGCUGGACCAGAGCGGGGAGUGGCAGGAGGAGGGCGGUGAGAUCCAGUGGGUCGCCAAUGACAACGCCAUCCAACCCACCACCGAGAUCAGCAAGAAGGAGGAAGAGGAGAAGAAGAAGAAGGAGGAGGAGGAGGGGGAACUGGACCUCAACAAAGCUCUGUUGCACGCAGGGAAGCACAUGGAGGACAGCUUCGUGGCCUCCUACACCGCCUUGCUGCUCGGCUGCCUUUGCCAGGGCAGCCCGAUGAAUGUGACUACUGUGAGAGAGAACCUGCCUAAAGGUGACUUUUCCAUCUUGACGGAGAUGCUCAAAAAGUUCCUCAACUUCAUGAACCUUACAUGUGAUAUCGGCACAGCAGGACACAAGUCCAUCUCCAAAGUUAUCGAUUACCUGGAGCACUGCUAGGUUGAAGCUGUCUCUCUCGCACGGACACCCCAUCUUCAUCAUCACUGUAGAGCUGUUAAAGCACUGACACAUACACGUACACAUACACACACACACACACACCAUAAUCAAUGAUGGAGUCACAUAUUGUUGUACGACUUGCAACUCAGUUGUAUUCUGUUCAGUUUAAUUGAGUUGUGUUCACCCAGCCAUGUUUUAAGGGUGACAGAACCAUUUCAACAUCAAGCUUUGGCUUCAGAUUGAAGGUGAACUCCCUGUGCUGUUGUCUCCUCCACGCUAAGCUGGCCUCAGCUCCUUUAAUCAGACGGAGAGUAGUGGCCCUUUAUGCACUCGGCCAUCAUCAGACGCCCCACGUCUCCCCGCUCCCAACAGACAUGGAGUGACACAUGUUUUGGACUCCAGCAACUCUGCUGGAGAUGCCGUCCAUGACCCCUGACCCCAUCUUGCUCUCCAUUGAUUGGUUUAAGCUUUUUUUCCCUCUGUUGAUCUGUCAACGGGGAGGUAUUUUAUUAAGAGGUACCCCCCUGAGGUUUGGGCUGUGUGGGUUUGACUGUAGAAUCUGGGCAGGUUGGAGGGGAAGGACAUUUUUUAAUCACCUAAAAACUAUUUGCAAAAGAUUUGCAAAAUAUAAUGACUAACAAGCUUAAUUAGUAAAAGACGUAUCACAUCCAAAUGAAUAAAGCGUCAGUAAUUGUAGACAUUUUUUCACGAUACUUACUCUUCCAGUGGUAAUUAACCCUCUUAAUCUCGAUCUACCUCUGCUUUAUGUUUUUUAUAUAUAUUAUUUAUUUCUUGGUUGGUCACUCGUUCCAUGUUGUAAAAUGAUUCCUUUAAGAAGUAAAGUCCUUCUGAUUUGUUGUCGUCUCCUACGCAAGACCUUAAAACAGCCAACAUGUGGUCCCAGAAUGUCACUGCAUGGCCAUUUAUAACAUUUUUUACCAAAAACUGAGUAAUUUUGGAAUUUAGAAAUGUUGAAUAUCAGAUGAGGUACCAUCCAAAUGAUUUGAGACAGACUGUGUUUCCAUGGUUACAAUAGCCCACACCCUGUUGGUUUCCUAAGCGGUUAGAUUAUUUUUUAAUAGUAGUUUGGCCCCUACAUUUAUUUUCCAAAUUCUAAUUUCUCCUAUACUGUCCAUCUCCCACACAGGUAUUGUAUUGACCUCGGACCCGUCACCCUAAUUUAUUUGAUUUCUGACUCUUCUGUCGUCCACUUCCAAAAAUGAGACCUCAGAGCCUCUCUUUGGUCCAAUCCAACCCCAACAAACUCCUUGUAAUCCUUUAACAUUAAAGAGCUUUAUUCACAUCUGGAGGAAUGGAACAAGUUUUGUACAUACAUGUAAAUAGGUUGCUUACGGAAAGAAAACAAAAUCUAGACUAGUAGACUCUACUUUUCAGAAUGGGACUCUAUUUUUUAUUUUAUACAGCUGUUUUUCCCACGUGUCGUUUCAAUAGACAGACAAGGUUCCCUGAACCAACUGCAGAAAACCAUGUUCUUUGUAUCAAUUUCCAGAAAGAUGUCUUUGGUUACCUGUAAAUCAUUUUAAAAACAAAUAAAAAAUUGCUACUUUCAGUACAUCCGCUUCUUGUAUUGUCUAUUUUUGUGCUGCUCUCGUUCUUAUAACCGGAGUCUAAUGAUCAAAAUAAUCGAAGCAAAUUGAGCUUCCUUUCAUUUAAGUGAACUUUCUAAAUACUUAGUUAUAUUUCCCUAUUUUUCUCCACUCUGCUUUUGCUGAAUCCAGUUGGAAGUAAAGAAAAAAAAAAAUUCUAAGAAAAGCCUUUGUGCAGAUUUCAGUUCGUAUUUUUAUUUUAUCUACUUUAUUCAGUCCAUUAUGGACAAAGACAAGAUUGAUGCACACACUUUCCUUUGGCCCAAUGCUCCAGCAUGUGCUAAUAGGGGAGUUUCAGAUGAGGCAUGCGGCUUCGUUCGCCAUGUGUCAGAAUGCAUUCUUGGAUGAAAAACGACAAAUACCUGUGAUAACUUCCGACGCGACGAGUCACCUUGCUUUCAAAACUCGUGGUAGUUUCAGGAAAACAUCUUCCGCCUGCUUUUCUGGGCAUUGGCUCUAGAAUAAUGGUGCGUUUUAUCAUCAUCCGUCUCGGAGGUCCGAGGACGUUGCCUAGCGACACGCAUGAACACGCCCCUUUUCCUCAGACGGGGACCGUGCAGACAUAAGACACUCCCCUCAACCAGAGUGGUAGAUAUAACGCCCCGUGCCCAC